AUGCCGCAAAAUAACAAGAACUAUAACUGGUCGCAACUGAUCCAGAGCAAGGGGCACCCCGUGCAAGAAUACGAAGUCACCACCGAGGACGGCUAUAUCCUCGAAAUCCAACGAAUCCCAUGGGGUCGUAACGGAGCUCCCGUAGAUAAAACCUCAACGACGCCUGUCUUGGUUCAGCAUGGUAUUUUAGCGUCAUCAGCGGACUUCGUCAACAACUUUUAUAAUCAGAGUCUUGGUUUUCUUCUCGCCGACGCUGGCUACGAUGUUUGGCUCGGAAAUUCCAGAGGGAACACGUACACCAGUCAUGUGAAUUUAAGUCAGAAAGGCCGCGAGUUCUGGAAUUUCAGCGCUGAUGAAAUAAUGAUCUACGACCUUCCAGCCAUGAUUGACGCAGUUCUCAGGAUAUCUGGACAAGAGAAGCUUCAAUACAUUGGCUGGUCCCAGGGAGCCCAGAUAUUAUUUGAGCUUCUCUCAGAGAGGCCAGAAUUUAAUAACAAGAUAACACUUUUCAGUGGCAUGGCACCAGUUGCUUAUCUCGGACACCUGAGGGCUCCCUUGAGAGUUUUGCUACCUUUUGAAGACAUACUUGCGUUAGUUCGAUGCGACUGCUUCCAGAAGUAUGAUUUCGGCUCCUUUGGAAACAAAGAAAAGUACGGAAAGGUGAACCCACCUCAGCAUCAGUUAAGCAAUACUAAAUUACCUGUCGCAAUCUACUGGAGUGAUGGCGACGAACUGGUUACAACUAAGGAUGUCGCUAGACUGCGCUCGGAGCUGCCCAACGUCGUUGCCUUCUACAAAGUUCCAGAUGAUAAAUUCACUCACCUUGAUUUCGCUUGGGGUAUCACGUCUGCGAACGUACUUUACCGAGAAAUGAUUGAUCUCAUGGAUAAAUACAAAUAG